AUGCGUACGGGUAUUCGAGGCGCACGUGUUCGACAAGGAUCGUUUGAUGAAGAACGACGUACAACAGCAUUACGUUCUGAUGAAGAUCAUCUUUCGUCAUCUGAACAAUAUGCACCAUUCGAUGCCAAUCUAACAUACCCACGCUUACGUCCAAGUUUAGUGCCAUCGGCCAAUUCCUUAGCAGCAAAUCAACAGCGUAUGCGUACUCACUAUAAUGAACAACAGCCAAACUACGUUGAUAGUGACGAUGGAGACGAAAGUGACGAUGAGUUAGAUGAGAAUUUAACGUCUCCGACAACAUUCAACGGUAAAACAAUUAACAACACAACAUUUGACAAUAACCAUGCACAAUCGGAACUAGAACUAGAUAAAAGAUGGUACCCUAGACCCAAUGUUGGUCUUAUUGAUGAUGCAGCAUUUAUAACAAAUUCAACUUAUUGUGAAAAUUCAAAUUAUGAUGCAAAUACAUUGGCAGCAAUACCAAAACAAUCUCAACAUCCACCAGCUAAAGCAAAAUUUACACCAAAAAACGAUUCUUCAUUGACACCACGCCCAACUUCAUCAUUAUCCUCGUCUCAACAGAAGAAAUUAACAAUUGGAACUAAAACAGUUAAUGGAAGCAUAAAUCAUAAUAAUCGAUCGUCCUCGACAACGCCUAUUUCAACAAGUAUGACGUCACAAAAUAAAUUGCAUAUGAAUUUUCAACAAACGUCAAUUCAUGCAAGUCCACAGUUAAUGGAUAUUCCACAACAUAAAGCGUUAGAGCGUGGUCAACGAUUGCUAAAUGUUCAUGUUGCGCAUCCUGACUCACCAUCAACAAUUCAUAUAAUGAUGCAUGAAGAUUAUGCCACAGCAUUAAAAUUAUUAACAGAUAUGCAUAAUAAUGAAGAAUUAAGCGCUGAAAAACCAACAGUAAAUUUUAAACCACAAGUGAACCGUCUAUGCGCCACGUUUCAUGAAGGAAGAUGGUUUCGUUGUCGUUGUGUUCAAGUUUUGGAAGAUUCGGUCAAAGUUCAGUAUAUCGACUGGGGAAUGGAAGUGUCGGCUAAUAAGCAGAAUUUACGUCGUCUUCCAAAUGUUUUUUAUAAUGAUCCUGCUUGUUGUAUACAAUGUCGUCUUGAUGGUGUACCACAUAUGAAGUUGGAUAAUGAAACAACUGAAAAAUGUAUGGCAUUAUUAAGCAAAGAUAAUUACGAAGUUUUAGUUACAAACUAUGAUAGUAUAAAUGGUGGAACAAUAAUUUUAUAUUGUGAAAAUGAAAACAUUAACGAUCAAAUAUGUUCAAUAUUAAAACCGCCAGAGACGCCAAUGUCAGAACAAGAAGAAUUUGUUGAACAGUUUCGUCAUCAACUUGUUCUCAAAGUUGGUGAAGAACAUAAAGCUCUGUUGAGUUCAUUCAGUGGCAAAGAUGACAGUUUUUAUGUGUUAAUAGCGAAUGAUACAACUGUGGCUGUUGAUACUGAAAUGACAGAAUUAGCACUUGAUACAUCGGGAACAAGAACAAUCACACCACGUUUAAAAACAUUAAUAUCAGCCAAAUAUGAAGGUAAAUGGUAUCGUGCAUGGAUCAAAUCGAUUAGUGGAAAUUCUUAUAAUGUUCUCUAUGUCGAUUAUGGUAAUGAAGCUACGUUAAAACUAUCGGAUUUAACAUCAUGUCCAGAAGGUGUUCGAAAAUUACCAUGGCUGGGUGUACGUGUGCGUCUUCAUAAUGAAAAAUUAUCACAUGAAGAAUUAUCAAAAUUUUGGUUAAUGACUGAAUCAAAUUACAUAACGAUACGUGUUGAAGAAGUUCGACAUGAUCAUUAUGCUGUCAGUGUUAGACUUGAUUAUUCAUCAUUACUUCGCUUAGAACGUUCAAAAAUAAAUACACCUCUAGCAACACCAGUUGCAGUAACCGAAGCAACAAACACAGUGAAAACAAUUACAAAAAAGGUCUCAGAAGCAUCCGUGCAAACAAUGCCGGUGCUAACACCCACAAUAGAUGGAUCGUUGGUAUCCGCAACAAAAACAACAACGCAAAAACAACAACCAUUACAAAUCCAAGACAAUAACAAUAAUCUGUUGAUUAAUAAUAUCAUUCACUCUUUGAUGAACGAAAUUAAUUUAAUACAAAUACGUAUAACAGAAAAUGAACAAAAACAACAUGAUCGGGAUCUUAAAUUGAUGACUCAAUUAAUUGACGUAUUAAAACAUAAAAAUUAA